AUGGAGCGGGACGCAAAAAACAUCGUAUCUCCUCUAUUGGAACCUGUGCCUUCCAAGAGGGCUUCCAAGCUUCAAACUUUGGGAAACAUCAUAGUCACCGUUGUCGGAACUGGGGUCCUUGGAUUGCCCUUUGCUUUUCGGAUCGCUGGCUGGGUCGCUGGAUCGCUAGGGGUUGCUGUCGUCGGCAUAUCCACCUACUAUUGCAUGCUCCUUCUUGUUAAUUGCAGAGAAAAAUUGGCGUCUGAAGAGCCACUAGUGGAAUCAAACACAUAUGGAGACUUGGGUUAUAGGUCUUUUGGAACCUUAGGUCGGUAUGUGACAGAAGUUAUAAUUUUGGUAGCACAAUGUGCAGGGUCUGUUGCUUAUUUUGUAUUUAUUGGACAAAACCUUCAUUCUGUAUUUGAAGGCCAAGGAUUAUCAUUAGCCUCGUACAUAUUUAUGUUGGUACCUGUUGAGAUUGUAUUGUCUUGGAUAGGGAGCUUAUCUGCGUUGGCUCCUUUUAGCAUUUUUGCUGAUGUGUGCAAUGUCUUAGCUAUGGGAAUUGUGGUGAAGGAAGAUAUACAACGGGCCUUAGGGGAGGGUUUUUCAUUUGGAGAAAGGACAGCAAUCACAUCCAACAUUGGGGGAUUGCCAUUUGCCGCAGGCAUGGCAGUUUUUUGUUUUGAGGGGUUUGGAAUGACACUGGCCCUAGAGAAUUCUAUGCAGGAUAGACGUAAGUUCCCAAAAUUGCUGGCUCAGACUUUUGGUGGGAUAACACUUGUGUACAUUUCUUUUGGGUUGUGCGGUUACAUGGCCUUUGGUGAAGAAACUAGAGACAUUGUAACCCUCAAUCUCCCUAGGAAUUGGUCAUCUCUUACAGUACAGGUAGGAUUAUGUGUGGGGCUUGCAUUCACACUUCCAAUCAUGUUACACCCAAUUAAUGAGAUUGUGGAAGGAAAACUAAAAAUCAUCCUCAGAAACAAUAAUGAUUCAAGGAGACUAGGAAAUAUUUGCCUAUACAUCAGUCGAGCGAUUGUGGUGGUUGGACUGGCAGUCGUAGCUUCAUUCGUGCCAGAAUUUGGUGUUUUUGCCUCAUUUGUGGGGAGUACCUUAUGUGCAAUGCUCUCAUUUGUUUUGCCAGCCACAUUUCACCUAAAGCUAUUUGGCUCCUCUCUAUCCAUCUGGCAAAAAGCCUUGGAUUCCAUUGUAUUAUUGUGUGGAUUAUUUUUUGCUGUUUAUGGCACUUACAACACAGUUGGAGUUUGA